UUUCGGUUCAUUUUAAAACUAUUUGUUUUUGUACUAUAUUUAUAUAAAAUGGAGAGUGAUUCUGAAAUUGAACUCGAAAAUCAUGUCGAUUUAAUAAAAGAUGGCGAAGCUGUAGUAGAAUCAGUAUGUAUGAGCUGUCGCAGGAACGGUACAACCAGAAUUUUGGCCACAAAAAUACCUCAUUUUAAUGAUAUUCUCGUGAUGUCUUUUGAAUGCAGUUUCUGUAACAAUAAGAACAAUGAAAUUCUAAACAUUGCAAAAUUACAAAACCAUGGCGUUUCCUACAAUAUUCAUGUCAAUAAUCUAGAAGGUUUAAAUAAUCAAAUUGUUAUCACCAACACCUCAGCCGUUAAAUUAAUUGAGUUGGAAUUUGAAAUACCCAAAUUGGAUAGAAAGGGCAUAGUUACCACCAUUGAAGGCCUAUUAACUAACAUUAUCAAUAAUCUGUCUGAUCAUAUUAGUUCUUUUGACAACACUACUCCAGAUAAUACCAACUCCGUAACCGAUGUUAACUUGAAUAACAAGGAGUUCUCCAAAUCACUAAAUGACGUUGUAAGUGUAAAAGUAGAUGAAAAUGUUUAUAAAUUGGAUGAAUAUGUACAAAAACUCGAAGAAAUAAAGGAUAAAUUGAUUUCAUAUUCCAAGGGAUUCCAAUCAUUUACUCUGUUUAUUGAUGACCCGAGUGGUAAUAGUUACGUUGAAAAUGAUAAUAACAAGUUGGAGCUAUCAAUUAAUAAAUAUGAAAGAACCAAUGAACAAUUACAGCAAAUGGGUUAUUUAUCGCAACCUGAUGAACAAGAUUCACCUUCUUGUCCAGAUGGUCCUGAUAAUUCAAAUGAACCAGACCAAUCGGAGGAUGAGGAUGGUCUAAAUGAUUUCUUUUUGGUUAAUUGCACAAAUUGUGGUUAUAAGGGGAAGAACCAGAUCUGUCAAAUUGUAAUACCCGGGUUUGACAAGUGCAUAAUAAUGUCAUUUGUUUGUGACAACUGUGAUUAUAAGACAAAUGAGCUUAAGCCUGGUGGUGGAGUUAAGAAAUAUGGUAAGGUUUGGCAUCUGAAGAUCAACAGUAUUGACGAUAUCAAACGAGAUAUUAUCUUGUCCAACACUUGCGAUAUCACCAUAAAUGAAUUGGAACUCUUCAUAUCUGCAGGAUCGUUAAGUAGUUUGUUUACUACAAUUGAGGGGUUAAUUAAUAAAAUAAUCGAGAAUUUGCAGUCAACAUUCCCAUUUUUAAUCGGUGAUUCAAGUCCUUAUAAUAAAGAUGAAACCAGCAUCACUAAUGGUGACGGUGAAUCAACACCCUUAGUGAAUGGAAUGUAUAUAGACAAAAGUAAGAUACGAUCACUGAUAAGCAAAUUGAGAGACGUAAUUGAUGACAGGAAUGGUUCAAAGGACGAAAUCAAUAUCGCAUUUAACGACCCACUGGAUAACACAUUUAUAUUCACAUACACCUGUACUAAUUCACAAACUACCAGUGAAGGCAUUCCCGACAACAAUCUUGAUAAUAUUAUAUCCAAAUACAAUUCAACCAACGAGGAUACCAACUGUGCAGUCGAGAAUUCUGAAGAGUCUGACAAUCUUAAUAUGGGUAAACCAGUUCUACUUGACGAGAAGAUUAUAGUUGACGAUAACUUGUACUACAUUAGUUAUAAUAGAACAGAUGAACAAAAUGAAGAAUUGGGGUUAAUUUGAUACCUUUAUUAA